AUGCCUAGCCGCGACUCGGAUCGCCCACCGCCCGACAGGUCGAGGCGCAAAGCGACACCGACACGCCGCCGUGAUGGAGCUGCCGACACCUCUGGCCGACGCAGCGCGCGACACUCGCCACCCCGUCGGCCAUCAUCUGGUCGAUCUACCCAAGAAGGUUCAUCCCGCCAUCACUCGGCCCCAGCGCGUCGCAGCGACAACAACAGCAGCUCUCGCCGCACCUCUCGCCACACGCCCUCUCCUCGACACAGCCGUCGCGACACUUCUCGUCGCCAUGCUUCACCAUCGUCAUCGGAGCGUCGCAUUUCCGACACCUCUAGUACGCCACGCGACCACAAGUCAGCCGCCAGUACCGACAGCCGUCGAGCCGCUUCUCGACACUCUUCCAAUCGUACGGCUCGUGCUGCUCAUUCUGAGAAGCGCGCGGAGGUGAAACUCAAGCCGAAGUCUACUACCGCAUCCACAUCGCCAUCCGAUGCUGCCAGCUUAGCUACCGCCCUGGCCGCCACUCAGAUCGCUUCGACAUCUACCGCUCGCAACGACACCGUUUCGGGCGGCGUCCGCACCCCACCACACGCUAGAGCCGAUAUGAGAGACUUCCCUCUCGACAUGAGCGACCUUGACUUCGUUGCAGCUGGUCAAGAGGCCUACGAGGAGGCAAAGGAGCGACAAGAACAAGACAUCGUCUACCAGGAGACACCCGCCUUCUGGAUUGACACUCCUCCUAUGCGUCACUCGGGCAACCAAAGUUUCGCUGUCGACCCUCGUACUGACGCCUUCGACCACAUUCCACUCGGCAUGUCCCCAAAGGUUAUCAUCCCGUACGAGAUCAAGGAUUGGCGACAAGGAGGGAACCCCGGACAGACCGAAUUUCAAGCCUGCAUUGAUCUUCACAGCUACCAUGUCGAAUACGUGCUCACCAAAGGAUACUACACGCAUCCGCUGCACACGCCGUUGAAGCUCUCCUGGCUAAUCAACAUCCGGCCGCGCCUUGAAGACGACGACCUCUUCAUGUCAGAACCUCGUCGGCGACACAUCGUACGGGCCUUCAUCUACGCUACGCGACAGAUGAUGGCCGAUCCAAGCGACGACACUCGGAACAACGUCAAAACCUUUUUCAGAAACUUGACGUCGAUGAAUGUCAUCGCCUCCGUCCUCUUCGCUGACCGCGGACAAGUGCUCUACAACAUCUUGAGCUCUGCCCUCGAUGCGACACAAGCCGACGGGAUCAUCGACACUCUGUGGGAAUACUUCGACGAGCUCGCUCAGAAGGAUGCCGCGUACUACAAUGUUCUCCUCAUGGCACUGGACCUCCACACCAAUCUAAGCAGGGAGCUUCAACUGCACCACACCCAAGACGGAAUCACCUGGAGUAAGACACUCGCUGACGGCAAGCGACGCUUGCGCGACAUCCGGAUGGGACAGUUCGACACGAUCAUGAAGUACAUGUCGAACUUCAACACACAGCUGGCACGCACCAGACAGAAGGAGUUUCAAGACCAAUCCGACUUCCGCGAAGGCGAGAGGCAGGUCAAGCGACACCGCAUGCGCGAGCCGCCAUCCGAAGCGUUUACUCUUCCAGGACACGACAACGCCCUCUGCGAACACGGAGUCAUCCACCCGCCGACACCGAUCGUGGAGCCUUUCGACAAGUACACGGUGGUCAAGCCUGCCAGCCUACUGCGUGCUGCUGCCCAACGACAGCCGGUCAAUUUUUUCCGCGACAUCCCGCGCUACACCCUCGUCAUCCGAGGUUCCACCGUAGUGAUCGCAGCACUCACCACCCGGCAGAAGGAGUUCUUAGAAGCGAUUCACCUUGCCCGACCAGGACUUCUGAAGAUCCCCGAUGAAUUUACCCACAUCUGGGUUCGAGACCCCGACUUCGUCCUGCCACCCAUCGGCACGGAGAAGCACGCGCUCACCUAUGAUGAGUACGUCCACGACACGGAGCUGAUGAAGUUUUGUCGUGAAGUUUACACCGAUCCCGACAACGUGGACUUCGAGUCGACACUACAUCCGUGGAACCCAGAAACCCGCCGCAGCAAACGCCCCAGUCAAUGUAUCCGCGAGCUACCACAGUGGUGCGCCGACACUCGCUUCUCUCAGAUGUCACCAGCCGAACUGACGGAAGCCGAUAAGCGACACUGGCACGCGCUGAUCAACCCGCCGAACAAGAAAGACCAUUCGUGGGCUCGAUACCGGGACGACCCGACAGUUGCAUACAAGUGCGAAGAUGAAUUUCAGCACAUCCAAUGGCUGCUCGCCACCAAGACGAUUCCGACAUUUCGUGUCACAUCUCGGCCGACACAACGCCCACCCGGACAAGACGCGAAAGAAGUCGUCAUGGAGUACGAACCAGUGCGGAAAUGGAAUCGACAUUACCGUUUCUGCGACGGCAUCUUUCCAGACAUGGUACCCUAUCUGCGCGCACGCAGCGUCGGCCUCGACUCCGUCGAGGAAAUGGAGUUCACCUACAAGAAGCUCACCGUCGACAUCGAACACCGCUGGGACCUUCUUUGGAUCCUCUUCUACCGCAAUCUUAACGGCAACACGGAUCACGUCAUCCAACGUGCUGUACGGAUCUUCCUGGGCGACAAAUCCACCUUCAAGGAUCCCUUCCGGACACCUGAACAGGCUCUCGAAGACUUUCUGCGACAGCCCUACUACGCAAAGCGCGACAUCGAGACCCACAAAGGCGACAGCAAUCCGAAGUGCUCGUGCCUCGGCGACGGCAGCUAUUUCCACUGCCCGGAAGUCUGCCACGUGCUCUCCGACUUCUCGACAUUCCUCUCGAUCGCCAAGGCGACUGGAAUUUGCCCGGGUACUUCCGACAACACCGGACAGAUCUGCUCCCGCAGCCGCGUCUGGGAGUUCGGCAAGAGCAUACCGACACCACACCAGAUGGAUGCCUGUUCCCUCACCAAGAAGCACGGUCGCUGCACAUUCUGCGGUGCCCCCGAUCAUCAACUUCCUUGGUGCCGCUUCUUCCGUACCCAAAUUGGCACCUACGACAUGGACGAAGACGAUAUGGUUCCACCACUCCAUAUCCUGGUCAACUGGAAUCGCGCCCUCUUCCCUCGCAACGGCCUACAAAUGUUCACCAAUGCCAUCACUUCAGGAGAACCGGUCCAGAUUGAUGUCGACACCUUCUUCCAAGACCCCAAUCCGGAGCAGACACCCGCCGCCGCCGCAGCUCCGAGCAACAUCCACGCCUUGGCCUUCGACCUCGCUCUCAAGUUCGCCACCAGCUCGUCUACCGGUCGGAAGCGUCCGAGCCAAGAAAACCUGCAAAUCGAGCACAAGCGCCAGAAGGACGAUCGUCCAAGCACUUCCUUCGCGACACCGAGCAAGGAGAAGGCCCCUCGUCCCACUCUGAAGGAACGUGACCACCCGAAGGAUUCGCGCCGCCCAGACGACAAGAAGUUCUCGGCUGCUCGUUCGCGACACCGUUCCACGGAUCGCAAG